AUGAAUAACUGCAGCAUACAAUCCAUAGACACAGAAUUCAUCUUCACAGGACUGACUAACAAUCCGGAUCUCAAGAUUCCACUCUUCCUAGCGUUCCUGAUUAUUUAUGUUAUUGCCAUUCUAGGAAAUUUGGGUAUUAUUGCCACUAUUCAGCUGGAAUCUGGACUCCACACUCCGAUGUACUUCUUUGUGAGCCAGCUGGCGAUGCUCGAUCUUUUCUAUACAUCCAUUAUAACGCCAAACACACUGGUAAACCUAACCAGAAAAGUAAAAUCUGUAAAUAUUGCUGGAUGUGCUACACAAUUGUUGCUCUUCGGAGGUUCAGCGACCACAGAGAGUUAUCUUUUAGCUGAAAUGGCUUACGACAGAUUUGUAGCAAUACGUCAGCCUUUGUUGUAUGUAACGAUUAUGUCAAGCAGGUUGUGUAAGCUUCUGGUGGGCGGAGCCUAUUUUGCAGGGUUUCUAAACUCUGCCAUCCACAUAAGUUUUACAUUUGCAUUAAAAUACUGGAAAGGCAAUGUAAUCGACCAUUUCUACUGUGACAUCCCACCACUGUUUAAACUAACAUGUUCUGAUACAUUUCUUAAUAGGGUAUUUAUUUUUAUUUUCGGAGGAUUUACAGGUGCCAUCUGCAUGUCAACCAUCCUGUACUCUUAUAUCAACAUCCUGAUUGCUAUUCUGGGCAUUCAAUCUGGCAGAAGUAAAGCUUUCUCAACAUGUGCCUCUCAUCUGACUUGUGUCUUUAUAUUUUAUGGUUCUCUGAUUUGUGCAUAUCUUAGAACUCCAUCAGACUAUCUGCACAUUAAUGAUAAAAUUAUUUCUGUAUUCUAUGCAGUAGUAAUACCCACUAUAAAUCCAAUGAUUUACAGUUUGAGAAAUACAGAAGUAAAAGAAGCCGUGAGUAAAAUUGCCAACAAAUAUUUAUUUUUUUGA